GUAAACGAUUAUGACUACAUAGAUGAUGAUAACAAUCCUAUGCCUCCCUAUGGAAGCAGUCAUGGAACAAAAGUUGCAGGACUCAUAGCAGCAGAAAAAGACAAUAACGAGUGUAUUGUUGGUGUAGCACAUCAUUCUUCUAUAGUUGGCGUACGUUUACUUGGCAGCCAUGGAUUAACAGAUUCAGAGGAAGCACAAGCUCUCAAUCAUCAUAUAAAUAAAAUAGACAUAUACUCUAAUAGCUGGGGCCCUCCAGAGGGGUACGGAUUUUUUGGACCUGGAACUCUAACAAAAGAAGCUCUUAAAGCAGGAGUUCAAAAUGGUAGAAAUGGUAAAGGAGCUAUUUAUAUAUGGGCUGCAGGUAAUGGAGGUACAAACGACAACUGUAAUGCUGAUGGAUACGUCAAUAGUAUUUAUACUGUGGCUGUAACUAGCGUACAACUUGGACAAAAUGCGUAUUACUCCGAAGUUUGUGCUCCUGCUUUGGCUGCAACAUAUGGUGGAAGCAAGGAAGAUAGAUAUUUAACUACUACUUCAACUCCCGAUGAGUGUAACACCAAUGGUAACCAGGGAACAUCAUUCUCAGUACCAAUAGCAUCUGGGAUAAUUGCUCUUGCUCUGCAAGCAAAUCCUUAUCUCACAUGGAGAGACGUGCAACAUUUGAUAGUCCUUACAUCAUCAAGGAAAGGAUUUAAUGACACAUAUUCUGACUGGUCAGUAAACGGAGCAAACAAGGAAUUUAGCCAAGUCCUCGGGUAUGGUCUAAUGGAUGCCAAAGCCAUGGUCAAUAAAGCUAAAACAUGGGUUACUGUUCCAGUACAACACAGCUUUACAACGCUUACUAGGUUUCCGUUUAUUUCUACUAGUUUGUGGUCGUCAGACACAAUGCACUUUUCCAGGAGUAAUAUUUUCAUUCGUUACUUAGAACACGUUACAGUUCAAAUAAAGUUCUCCUACAGUCGAUAUCGUGGUGAAACAGAACUAUAUCUUGUUUCUCCAAGCGGAACUGAAAGUAAUUUACUUCAUUACCGGCAUGACGAUGCCGGAAAACACAAAAGAAAAGGAUGGUUGAAAUGGACGUUCAUGUCAGUUCAUUUCUGGUGGGAAAACCCUGUUGGUACCUGGCGACUUAAAGUUGGUUCUUAUAAAGGAUAUUCUAUUGUAACGCUGGUUUCCUGGUCUCUAACAUUUUAUGGUACAUCACACAAUCCAAUAACACAAGAGCGAACAACAGUUCCAACAACACAGUCGAAAAAUACAAGCGAUCGAAAGUAUGUUUGGACAGCAACCAACUCAGCAUCGUUACCCACAUCAUUCACAGAACCGACAUCAACAAGCAAAGCAGCACAGCUUGUAACAGUCACAACGUCAGAUAAACUUUCAACAGAAACAGCAACAAUCUUGGAGUGGACGACAUUAUCUACUCAGCCUACAACUUCAUCAAGAGGAAGUGACUUAUCUUUUUUAGAAAAGCGAACAACAGUUCCAACAACACAGUCGAAAAAUACAAGCAAUCGAAAGUAUGUUUCGACAACAACCAACUCAGCAUCAAAACCCACAUCAUUCACGGAACCAACAUCAACUAGCAAAGCAGCAAAUUUUUUAACAGCAACAACGUCAGAUAAACUUAUAACAGAAACAGCAACAAUCUCUGAUUGGACGACAUUAUCUACUCAGCCUACAACUUCAGCAAGAGGAAAUGACUUAUCGUUUUUAACCAGCGACAAUAAGCCAGUUAUCAUAGGAGGAUUUGUAGCAGGUAUCUUACUCUUAGGUGCUGUUAUUGUGUUCAUCAGGUGGAAAAUAAAUGUUGUGCGUAAAAAAGCUGUUGAUUCAACAACCCCAUCCACAGCACCUGCUGUGUUCACUGCUUGAAUGGGAACUGUCACAGAAAGAAAAAGUAAAAAAACCUACUAUAA